AUGAAGACACUCCAAGGAGUGGGAUCGCAUGCGCAGAUACAACAACAAUGCAAGACACAGCAGCAACAGGCAAGCUCAGGAUCUGUUGUUAUGACCCGGGAGAAGAUGGAUGUGCUAGGGCCGGGCAACUACAGUAGUCGCCGAGCCUCGAGGAGCCUUCGAGGACGACAAUGGGCACGCAAGAUCAAAACGACAAAAGACCGGCAUGUUGCCUCGCAGACGCGUGAUAUACCUAACGAGCAACAACUGCUGCGGCCCACGGGAAGAAACUAG